AUGUCUAAACUUUAAUCUUAGUUAUUCUAGCUGAUUGCUUUUUUUUCUUUCUCAUUUAUUAUAAAAUAGGUAAAAGGUACUGAUAUUAGUACAUAUAUUCCUGGAUAUAAUUUAGAUAUAAAUGGACUUUCUAUUUUUACGCCAAGCUAAUUUUAUAGCUUAGAAAUAAGCAAGUAUGUAAGCUGUCCUGCUAAUUGUGGAUCAUGUGAUGACCCAAAUUCAUGUACUUCCUGCUAAUAUGGUUAUUUUUAAUGGUCUCCUGUUUAAAAUAAUAACAUUUAUUGCAUUAAAUGCCCUUUAUUUGAUAUCAAUGAUAUUUAGAAUAACAUUCUUUGUGGAGAUUGUGUUACUAACCCAUUAACAUGGGCAAAUACUAAAAUAUGCUCUUUCAAAUUUACAAGAAUUAGCUCUAUUUAAGGCUUAACUAGAUAUCAGUAAGUAACUAUAAAGGAGGAAUAUAAGCUCUUCUAAAUAUUUUCUACCGAUUCGACUAGCUAGAAUACACAAGUUGUUGAAUUUUUAGGUGGACUUUUAUGGUGUGGAUAUUAAAUUAUGUAGCCUAUACCUCCAAUAGGCUGCAACUCAAUAUCAAAUUAAAAUCCUGUAGAUGCUUCUUAGACUGCAGUAUAUUGUAGAGUAGGUUUUGUUUUUAACCAAGCCAAUCUAAGCUGUGAUCCUUGUCCUCCUAAUUGUGAUUAAUGCUUGUCAAGUUCUUAAUGCCUAAUAUGCUCAAAUGGAUAUACGUUGGGUGCACAGUUUUUAUGUGUUUAAUGUAGUAGCUUAAUAAAUAAUUGCUUAAGUUGCUUUUUUGGAGAUUCAUUAGGAAAUAGCCUAUAAACAAAUUAGUAUAUUUCAGGAAAUUUUUAAACUUAAUAAUCGCUAAUAGAUGCAGGAUUUAUGAUGAGAUGUAAUUCAUGUUCUUAAUAUCCUAAUUUUUUGAUCCCAAGCUUAGAUUUAACAUAGUGUGUUGAUUGUUCUUCUUUAAAUAAUUGCCUAGGAUGUAGAUAUGCUACUUUAAAUUAUGGAGAAAUUUUAGAUCACUCUAACAAUCCUUUUAUAGUUAAUUAAUUAGAUUAAAGUAGUUAUAGUUUAUAUUGUUUGCUUUGUUAAGAUCCAUAUUUUGUUAACUACAACGGAAUUUGUGAAAUAUGUACGGAUCCAAAUUGUGAAUUGUGCUAUUAUGGAACUUCUUCGGGAAUUGAUAGUACUUUUACAUUACAAAAUAAUUUUCCUUAUACACCUUAAUAAGGUAAUUUAAUCCUAAAAUGCGCUUUUUGUGUUUACGGCUCUCAUUAAGCUGCUUUAAUGCUUGACGGUACUUGCUAAACUGGCUUAAGCUUUUUGUUUUCUAGAGACCAAAAUUGCGCAAAAUGGUCUUAAUGGAAAUCUUUAUCUACAGGAGUGAGUUUAGAUGCCUCUUUCUUUAAAUGCAUUGAAUGCUAGAAUGGGUAUGGUUAUGAUGUAGGUAAAAAUCCUGAAAAUAGGAUAUGUGAUUAACCUCCUUCAGUAAUGAAUGUACCUUUCUGUGUUAGUUAUUAUUAUGCUACAGUUAAUUACAUUCCUUAACCAAUAACUUGCAUAAAAUGCUAACAAGGAUAUACUGCUUCAGCAAAAAGAGGCUGUGUAUCAUGUUCUAGUGGAAUUCAAGCGUCAUAUAGUUAAAAUUAUUAUUAAGCGAAUACAUGUACCGGUUGCAGCUUUAUAACUUCAACAGGAUUUAAUUAUACUUACUAUUUAAUUUCUACUUAAUUAGGAACUACAGCAUAAAAAGCAAUAUAAGUUGAAAGCUAAUAUAAUUUACCAACUCAGCCAUUUUGCUCAUAUUGUUAGACUAAAAAAGUUUAUGGAACAUGUCCAUUAUCAUGCUUUUAUGGUUGUUAUUAAGAUAUUAAUUAUAAUGCAUGCAUUACAGAUCCUGUCACUCUAACCGCUAACUGCUUAGCAUGUGGAAACAUAGCAUCAGUUUAAUGGAACCUUAAUUAAGCUGUUUCAUCUAAUGCAACUUAAUGUAUCUAAUGUUCAAGAUAUUGUCAAUUCUGUGAAACUCGAUCAAAUGAUUAAAUGAACUAAAUAAACCCAUAUUUUAGCACAUAAGGAUAUUUCGAUUUUUUCAAAUAUUAAAAUCAAUGUGUCAGUUGCAGAUCUAUCGCUGAUAUCUGUUCUGACUUUACGGAUCAAGCAUAACAGUAUAGAGGAUAUUAACUAGACUGCUCAUAGUAAAGUAAUUAUGUAAUGUACUAUGAUCCUAUCAUUAACUAAUGUACUCCUUGUCCCAUAACUUAACCUUCAUGCAAUAGAGUAUUAAAAAUAUAAUAAUUAGUUGACUGUAGACCCAAUAUAUCUAGUGGUGAUAUUACUUUAGGAUCAGAUUAAAAUAUUUAUUACUAAUAGAGAGUAGGAGGAGGAGAUAGCACUUUAAGUCAUAUUUUCAGUGGAGAAAAUGUAGUAUUUUUAGAUAGUUGGAGUCCUACUACUCCAUUAAACAUUGAUUUCAAAAGUUUCAACAAUUUAGACUACACAAAUUAAAAUGUCUAUUUGGCCUUAAAUGAAGAAAAUGUUUCUCAAAUAGAAUUUGAGAUUUUAUUUGUGCCUAAUGUGCAAAAUUAUUAAACAAAUGAUGGAACAAGCAAAUAAAAUGCGAAUGUUUGCUUAUUUCCGAAUGAUGUUAACUUUUCAUUGCAGCUUGCUUAACAUAUUGCAAAUAUUAAUAUCUUAUCACUAACAUUUAAAACAGUCAAUCCUUAAACAGGGUAAAUAGGAUAAGAUCCACUUGACUUCUUUGUUACUUCAUUUAGUUUCUAAGGAUGGAAUUAAUUUACUUUUUAAAAUAUCAAUUUCUUACCCACAUACUCAAUAAAGCCUACCGUUUAAUUAAAAAAUAUGUUUUUCGAUUUCUCUAAUAACCUUUUUUCUAGUAAAUUAAAUAUGAGGGAUAUUACCUUCACAAGCGGCUAUGAUCCAACAAAAUAACAAAAAUUGUUAAAAUCAGCAAAGACUAUUUUUUGUCCUGUUAUAGAUACGAAUAAUAUAUAUUAUAUUGAAUUAGAUAAUAUAAAAAUAUAGAACUUCGUUUAUUAAUCAGCAGUAAGCUUUUUAAAUUUUAACUAAAUUAAUACAAGUUUUAUUUAGAUUUUUAAACUUGUAAUUAAUAAUUUGGCAAUAAGUUAAUGUUAAUUCACAAACAUAGAUUUAAUUUAACUCUACUUUAAUACACAGUCUAUAUAAAUGUAAUAAAUCACAAUAAACAAUAGUGCAUUUACUAAAUGCAAUCUUUUUAAAUAAUUACCUGGUCAUAACUAUUCACAAUCUCAACAUUAAAUACAAAUUACAAACAUAGUAUAUUAGGAUAACUAAUUUACAAAUAGCUAAAUUCUUUCAGCUUAUAAUAUGCUUUCAUUUUCAGUUACUAUUUUUACUCUAUAAUUUUCGACAAGUGUUUAAUCGAGCGCUAUUAGCUCUUUAAUUACAAGUAACACAGUAAAUAUUUCUCGAAUGACAAUAAAAAGCAGCCUAUCACCUUAAUAAAUUUAGUUUACAAAUAUUAUUCUAUUUUCUUACCCAUCUUCAAGUCCUUCUGCAGCCUCUCCUAGUAUAGUUAUUGAUUAGCUUACUAUCUCUGACAUAUCUUUCACUGGAGUUAAUGGUAUAAUCAUGAAACUUAAUAGUUAUUAAAAUAGCUAUAAUGUUAGAGGAGUUGUACUAUUUACAAAUUCUUAAAUUAGCAAUUGUAUUGGAGAUAGCCCAUCAAACUAUCUAUUUUACUUUAAUAAUAUUAAGCAAAUUACUUUUAAUAUUAUCACAGUAUAAAACUAUCUUGGUCUAGGUUUUAUCUUUGCUUAAUAAUGUGAUUAAAUUUCUCUUUUAUAAGGAAGUGUUUUGAACACAUAAUAUCCAAUUAUUUGUUAAAUGGACUCAAAUAUAAAUAAUUCAAAUUUAAAUUUGAACUAAUUUCAUGGAACAAUUCUUUACAUCAAAAAUUUAAGGACUAGGCUUUAUGUAACUGGUUGGUAAUUCUAAUAUCAAUGCAUCAUAGACAGAGCACUUUUUUGGUUUUAACAUGAUUAAAGAGAUCCUAAUUUACUCCCUGAACAAUUAAAUGAUAAUAUAGCUUAAUUUAUAACAUAAAAUGCUAAUUAAUUCGAUUAAUUAGAUUUAAAGUCUUAGACAACAGUCGUUUUUAAUUAGUGUACUUUUAGCAAUAUGAAUACUUAUGUUUUGGACUCUAAUAUAGUAUCUAGUAUAUUUUAUUUUAAUACAAAUAUCAGAUAUAGAAAUUUAUUAGUGGAUGUUUCAGCUACAGAUAUUAGAAUAUUUACUUACUAAUACUCUCUUUUACAAGCAUCAUCAACAUUUAUUAAUUAAGAUUCUAAUCUUUCUUCUUUAGUCUUAAUUAGAAAUAUUUUAUAAAACUGUAAUUCCUAACCAUAGAUUCAAAAUGGAAUAUUAUUUAAUGGUUAGGUAUUUGCUACUGCUGGCUCAACGUACGAUCAAGCAAAUUAAGGGCAAUAGCAAAAUAUUUUUUAUUAUAAUGGAGGCUUUUUAAAUCUAUAAGCUAGGCAGGUUAUGAUUAUCUAGAGUUCAUUUUCUAAUUCUGUUUCUGAUUAAGGUGGAGCAAUAUAUAUUAAAACUUUCUCUUCAAGUGUAUUGGUAAGUAUCAUUUCUAGUUAAUUUCACGAUAUUACUACUUCAAUGAAUCAAUAUUCUACAGGAGUAGGUGGAGCUAUUUUUAUUGAUGGUACUACCUCUAUUACAUUAACAAUAUAAUAAUGCACUUUUAAAAAUAUAUUUGCCUAUAAGUAAGGGGCUGUGCUAUAAUUAACUUGUGGCUAGGCAAGCUGUUCAACUAGUAUAACAAGCAAUAUAAUUAGCAAUGUUUUUGCUCCUUCUGGAAGUAUUCUGAAUAUUAAACUUAAUAAAUAGAGCCAAACGUUAUAUUUUAAUCAAAACAUUUAUAGUUCUUCAUUAGAAGUGACAGAUAUGAUUUUUGCAUAUAAUAAUUUCUUAAAUGCAUCUAUAGAUAUUUUAUAAGUUAUUUAACAAUUUUACAUUAUUUACGUUUAAGGAGGAUUUGUCUAAUUUUUAUCAAAUAACUUUCAGAAUGUCAACUAUUUAUAAGGACUCAUAUACGUUACUGGAGGAAUUGUUUAAUUUGAUUCUAACACUUUUUCAAAUUCAAAUUUUCGUUUCACACCUUUAGUUUAUAUCUAUAAACAAUAAAUUAGUUCUAUUGCUGACCUUAAAAUUUAAAAUUUGAGUGAAUGUACUGAUUGCUAAAUAUCUAAUUAAGAAUUGUUUUUUUUAACAAAUUAUACUUUGACAGCAUUUAAUAAUUUUUUUUUGGUAGAAAGUCCUACAACAAACAUUUAAAUAACUAAUAUUGAUGUGGAGAAUGUUAUCUGCACUAAAUGUUUGCAGGGAAUAAUUGGUAUACAAUCUAGUAGUAAAGCAGUUUAGUUUUAAGGAGGGAUAUUUAAAAUUAACACCUCAAACUUCGGAGUUUUAUAUCUUGGAGGAAGCGCUUUAGCUAGUUCUAGAAUAUUAAAUGCUGUAUAAAAAACUUCAGGUACAUUAUUUACACUCACAGGUGUUACAUUUAAAGGGAAUACAGCAAUUUAAGGAGGUGGAUUGUAUAUAGCAUACAAUAACUUAAUGCUAGUACAAUGUGAUUUUGAGUAAAAUAUAGCAGAACAAGGUGGCGCAAUUUAUUUUCUUACAAGCGAAAGCAAUCCUAAUACCCUAAUAUUGUAAUAAUCAACUGUUAAGCUCAAUUAAGCUCAAUACGGAGGAGGAAUAAAGAUUAUAGGAACGUUCCCUUAAUUAUAGAAAAAUUCUGUUGUAAGUGGAAAUACUGCGUCUAAGUCUGGAAGCGAUAUAACUAGCUAUCCUGUAGGCCUGAAAGUUUAUCAGAAUAGAAAAUAUAUACCUUUUGAUGCUUCCUAAAAUGCAGUUGUGCUUAAUUCUUGGUCUCCUGGUGUUUCAACUGAUUAAGAACUUUUUGUUUACUUAACUGGUAAAGACGGUAAUAUAUAAAAACUAGAUACAGGUCAAACUGCCACAUUAACAGUAUCAUUAAAUUAUGGAUCUAGCAGUGUACCUUCAAAUGCAUAGAUUUCUGGAACUUCAAAGGUUAAUUAUGAUGCAAUUAUAGGAGGAUUUUAUCUUAAAGAUGUCUUAUUUUAAUAAUAACCUUUAUCUUAAUUACUUGUAAAACUGUAAUCAUCAAUCAUAUAACUUCCUGUAUUUGAUGUUAAUGGGCAACUAACUGGUAUAGAUAAUAGUUUUUAUCUUCCUCUAAUUAUUAAUAUGAGGGAUUGUAUAAUUGGUGAAUCAUUUAUAGUAACUAGUGGAUAAUGUUUUUUAUGUGCAAAUACUACUUAUAGCAUAGUAUCAAAUUCAACAAGCUGCUUAGAUUGCCCAAAGAUAGGAGUUAAAAGCUGUCCUGGUGGAAGCGUUCUAAAUUUGCAGUCUGGAUAUUGGCGUCCUUCAAAAGAUUCAGACUUAAUUGAAGAAUGUUCGAAUUAAUAAUCUAAUUGUAUUGGUGGUAAAGGAGUAGGCGAUUAGCUUUGCUAAGAAGGUCAUAUAGGAGCUCUUUGUGAAGUUUGUGAUAUAAGUGCUAGAUUUUGGCUUGAAAGCUACUCAAACAGUAAUCAAUUUAGUUGCGGUAAAUGUAGAGACACUUCAAAUAACACACUAAAAAUGGUUGGUUUAACAAUUUAUACCUUGAUAGCCAUUUUAUUUUCUGUUAAAAGCACAAAAGCUCUUUUGGACUCUUACAUAAUUACAUUUUAUUUUUAGUAAAUUGGUUUUAUUCAAAAAAGUGCAAAAUAAAGCACAGAAUCUGUAGGAAUAAUUAUUAAAUUAUUUACUACAUAUCUUCAAUUGAUAGUAGUUAUUAGUACUUUUAAUUUGCAGUUACCCCCAGGAAUUAGUGAUAUAACUAUUAAUGUUGGAGAUCCAGUCUAACAAAUGAGCUUUAGCAUGGAUUGCGGUCUUUAUAAGAUAUCUGGAAAUAUACCAAUGACAUAUUUUAGAUUGAUGUGGUCAUAAUUAAUGCCGCUUUUUUAUGUUCUUUCUUAUUUGAUUGGGCAUUAUGUAUACUAAAAGAUUAGAAAAAUCAAAAGCAGAGCAGUAAUUGCCUGGAUAGCUUUUAUUUAUAUUUAUAUCUCUAUGCAACCCUCAAUAGUGAAGCAAAACAUACAAACUAUGUCUUGCAGAUAAAUAUCAGGAAUACUGUACAUAAAAUCAAAUGUAUCAGAGAUAUGUUAUACUGGAUAGCAUAUAAAGUAUAUUUUACUUUUUAUUCUUCCUACUUUAGCACUUUGGGUGUUUUUAGUACCUUUGUAUUUGUUUAGAAGUAUGUACAAAAACAGAGAAAAACUGAAUAAAAUAGAUAUGUAAUAUAAAUUUGGAUUCCUUUAUACAGAAUAUAAAAAGAAUUCUUACUUUUGGGAACUAGUAAAAGUUUAUCAAAAGACAUUUAUAACUUUUUUUAUCAAUAUUUAUGAUAGCUACAAUAUAAUUAAAGGAUUUUUCGUCAUUUUUGUGCUUUUUAUAUAUAUAAAAUUGCAAAUAAAAUAUUAGCCUUAUUUAGAAAAAAGAUUUAAUGAUUUAGAUUUGAAUUUAAACCUGACAGUCAUGGCCUCUAUAAUUAUAUCUAUGUUUAUAUUAAGCAAUCCUUUUGCUUACCUAGUCUGGUUUGGAUACAUAAUUUUGUUUUCAAUAAAUUUCGUUCUAGUCAUUAGAUUAAUUAGAAUAUUAAUUUCUGGCUAUACUUAAAAAUUAGAAGCAAAAAUAGGUGAUAAACUAGUUCAAUUUUCUAUAUAGCAUCCUAAAAUAGCGAGAUACUUAAAUAUACCUUAAGUCCCUAAAGAUAGGAUAUAUUAUUUAUGGAAGGUAUUAAGAAUUUAUACUAAAGCUACUCAUUUGAAACCAAAAAAGAAAACUAAUUAAGACAUUACUAUUAAAAAAUAAGAAGAAGAAGAUUUUUAAUCUAAAAAUUCUAUAUUUAGUAAUUUAACAUCGAAUUAGUUGCAAUAUAACAAAGUAAAUAAUGCAGAAGCUGAGCAAAUUUUUAUAAAGAAAAGAAAUAGUAAGAUUGAUUAAGAUUUAAAAUUAAAUAGACCUAAUUUUAUUCAAGACUCACCAGAUUAAUAAAGAUUAUUUUCUCAAAUGCAAUAAACUCCUAGCCUUAUCCCAGGUACUCCUCAAGAAUAAAGAGAUGAGACUUAAUUAGAUGAUUUUAAUUUAAUCAAUAAUAAGGAUAACAAAGAUCAACUCAAAGAAGAUUAAACUUCAAGUUAAAAUUAAAAUGAUUAGUUGUAAUUGGUUACUCAAAAUGAAUAAAAGGAUUUCCAAAUAAUUAAUUUAGAAUGA